AACACACAAUGGCUACUUCGAAUGCCGCUGAUGGCAUCCAGUUUGCCACUAGUUCGUCCAUCAUACCUCAAGACAUAGACCCUGGUAAACAUCAUGUUGACCCUCAUCUGGCAAAUUUCGACUUGCGACAACAUAUCGACUUCAACAUAAGCCCGGAAGAUCUCCACGAAUGCUGGCUGCCUCCCUACAAUGCGCUAUGCAAUGAAAACUGGGAUGAAUUCUACAAUGCCUGGAAGCGGGUUCAAAUUCCGUACCUCGACUGCAAUGACUUUGGAGACACUCUCCAGACCAUGUCCCACGAUACCCGUAUCGCCUAUCAGCAACAGCAUAACGGUCUUUGCGCGUUGCGUCACGCCUUCCGCAGACAGGGUGAUGCCUACAUAGCCCCUGAAGACUUUGAUUACUGUCCUGGUACUGUGCCAAGCUCGCCGUCGAAAGAAGCCAUUCAUCACUUCGCGUACCGACUCAUCUCGAUGGUCCAAAAGCAAGAGCAAGCGGUUCUUGGCCAAUUCGACGGUGGCGCCAAGGGAGGUAGUCCGGGAAAGUGGUGGAUUGCCCCGCCGGAUCAAAGCAUUGAGCUCCCUUCAGUUGAAACCCCAGACAAGGCACAGCCUGAUGGAGAUGGCGAUGGUUUCACUGAGCUCGGUGCAUUGGAUAAAGCUAGACUCGAAGCAGCGGACUACACCGUCCACUGGGUGUGCUACCAGAACAGUCACUUAGCCGUCAUUAUUAGGGAGAGAGUUACCGGUCACACAUGGUACUUCGACUCUCUUAAUACACCCAAAGACGACGCUACGGUAUAUCUCAACGAGAAGCACCAAUCUGUUCUUUCUAGUCUUCACAAGUGGCUUAGCAAAAACAAAGAUGACUUUUCCGUCGUUCCCGAUGGAAGUCGCCACCGUCAUGUACAGGUCAUUCCUCAAGACUUACCCUGGACGUGUGGCCUGCACGCCAUUGCUCACGCCUUAGCCUUCCUUCGCUUUGGCCUCUUGGGCUGGCACGAGAUUCCUACGUAUGCGAGGGAAAAAACCGACAAGGUGAAGUUGACAAAGUUCAGACAUGAUAUGAUGAAGGCAAUGGAGCUAUCAAUGGGAUUUAGGCCACCCCCGCGCAUGAAUGCCAGUAACAAGAUCCCACUCCCUGAACACUAUGAUCAUCAGCUUGAUCUCAGCACAUUUCGCUUUCCUACGUACCCAAGUGUCGGUGUUGAGAAAAAAGAUCUCCACAGUUGCGACAACUUCCCUUUUAACUGGCCUUUUCCGGAGAAUCUCGAUAACAAGCACGAUAAAACUCUCCGAGAAAACUAUCGGCGUGUACACGUCGAGUGUUAUGAUGGAGUCUCACUUGGGCAUGGGAGUCUAGAUCCCUUCUCUCGCAAGGUGUAUUCAGAUCUUCACAAUGGGUUGUAUAAAAUGAGGAAUCACGACCUUCUUGAGGGUGAAGAGGUACAUUUUCAUGCAACAAGGUUGAUGAAAAUCAUUCAAGAUCAGGAGGGUGCAGCUUUGGGACCAGCCAAAGAAGACAACCAAGACUGGUGGCUAGCCCCGAUUUCAUACGCGAUUAGAUGUGAGAGAAACGAAGACACUGGCGAAAACUCGGCAAAAAGCGCAUCCAUCUUGCCACCGGAGACAUUCAAUGAUGAGUUCUUCAAGAGAGAGUGCGGAGAUAGGUCCAAGGAUCGCGACCAGUUUGAAAACGCCAAAUACACUGUUCACUGGGUACAUUACCGUGAUUCCCAUCAGAAGGACAAAGGAGUCUUUGAGCACUGGGCAGUCAUAAUCCGCGAAAAGGCCACAAAUUUUGCAUGGUACUUUGACUCCACAAAAAAGGAUCGAAAACAGCGCAAAGAUCGUGCAAUUGAUGCCUUCAACGAAUGGCUAGUAAAGUGCAGAGAACCUAAUUCCGACUUCCCAAAGGAAGUCACUCAGAGCUUCCUUGUCCCGGCUCCGCAGCAAUCAUCUGGAUGGGAAUGCAGCCUUCACGCUAUCGCGCACUCAGUGGCCUUUAUCCGCUUUGGUAUUUUGGGCUGGCACGCACUUCCGCUUGAAGCAAUUGCGCUUGAAGAGGGCUCUAAGGGAACUGGAGAUCAGACUGCUGCUUCAGCCCCUUCAGAUCGUUCAGAAAGGUUGUGUGAAACAAUGAUAAGCUCCUUACACGGCCUAAUGGGAGUCUCUUUGCCAUCCACCACUUCCAAAGAUGAUGGAAACGGGACUGUUGAGGCUGUUUCAGGAUCAAACAAGAAUACAAACUCAAACUCUGCUAAUAAGACCAACGCGAGCUCUUCUAGAAACUCCAACCCAGGACGGUCCGGGAAAUCUAACCAAGGAGGCUCUGCACGUAAACCUUCGAACGCCAUGGCAAAAUCCAGCCAGCCGCCAGGCAAAAAUUCCGCCGUAACUGAGACCAUUCCAAGACAUCAUGGGAAUAAACAUGCUGUGCCUCAUCCCAAUUUCUUUAACAAAGUCCAAUAUGAGAAACAACGCGCAGAAUUUCGGUUUCCUACCUAUCCAUCCAUACCUUUACGGGCAGAGUAUGUCCGUUCAGUCAAUGAGGAGCCGUUCAACGCCAAAAUGACGCUCGACAAGGUUUAUGCCUAUUCUCAGGUGUCUACACACAAAUCGCCAUCUUGCGAUCGUGUCACACUCAAUCAGUCUCCCUACGCCGAACAAGCCUUUGCAGAUAUUAACGACGCUUUACUAAAUUCGCGCCGUGGUGACUGGCUCGAUGGCAAAGGGAUGUAUCAUCUAGCCAGUCGACUCAUUACGUAUGUCCAGAAGGAAAACCCUGUCAUUCCAUUGGGACCUUUUGAGAAUGGACAGUGGUGGAUCGCGCCACACCCCUUUAUAAUCGAUGUCCCCGACCCGGAUGAUGACUCGAAUCUGCAACCAGCGCGAACAUUCUCGGACGUAGACCAAAAUGUCUGGGGUUUUGACAGCUCCGAUUUUGGAGAGGUUGAGGAGCGGUUGUUCAAUCAAGCCCGCUACACGGUUCACUUUAUUCACCAUCCUACCCACUGGACAGUAAUCGUCCGGGAAGCCGAAACCGGUCACCUGUGGCACUUUGAUUCCCUGGCCCGUGGCUUGGGGAGGUUCAGAAGAGCUAUCGAUGCUUUUGAAGAUUGGCUUCGUCGCUGUAACAAACCGAUUCCCGCAACGAGUCAGGCAUUCCAGGUUCCCGUCACACUGCAAACCCGAAAUUGGGAGUGCAGCUUGCAUGCCAUUGCGAGUGCCAUGGCAAUGCUCCGAUUCGGCAUUCUUGGUUGGGACAAGUUGCCGUGUCUCGCCCUGGAGACCGAUCCGGAUCCGGUUGGUCCGGCUGGUAGCGUGACCGCGGACAACCUCACAGAGAUAAUGAAGCGAUCUUUACAUGGCAUCUUCGGUCUCAUGCUGGAUGAAGAUAUUCCCAAUGUCGCCCAAAGAAAGAAGCAAGAGCAGGAUGACGAGGCACUAUUGAUGGCAAUGCAGGAUGAUUCCAUAAUGAACCGGGCCAACAUGUCAUUCGAUGCAGUGAUCGAUUCAGUGACAAAUAACCCGAGUGAGUUGGAAAUUCUGAAUCAGCAGGAGCGAAUGGCGCGAGAGGCACGGGAGAAGAAUAGAAAGGAACAGAAGGAGAAGGACGACAGGGAGAUGAAGGAGCGGGACCUGAGGGCGCGAGAGGAACAGGAACAGAAACAAAAAGAGGAACAGGCGCAGGCGCAGGAGCUCGAGAAGGAGAAGGAGAGGGAGCUCGAGAAGGACAGGGAGCUCGAGAAGGACAGGGAGCUCGAGAAGGAGAGGGAGCUCGAGAAGGAGAGGGAGCUCGAGAAGGAGAGGGAGCUCGAGAAGGAGAGGGAGCUCGAGAAGGAGAGGGAGCUCGAGAAGGAGAGGGAGCUCGAGAAGGAGAGGGAGCUCGAGAAGGAGAGGGAGCUCGAGAAGGAAAAGGAGCUCGAGAAGGAGAGAGAGCUCGAGAAGGAGAGAGAGCUCGAGAAGGAGAGGGAGCUCGAGAAGGAGAGAGAGCUCGAGAAGGAGAGGGAGCUCGAGAAGGAGAGGGAGCUCGAGAAGGAGAGGGAGCUCGAGAAGGAGAGAGAGCUCGAGAAGGAGAGGGAGCUCGAGAAGGAGAGGGAGCUCGAGAAGGAAAAGGAGCUCGAGAAGGAGAGAGAGCUCGAGAAGGAGAGAGAGCUCGAGAAGGAGAAGGAGCUCGAGAAGGAGAGAGAGCGGGAGAAGGAGCUCGAGAAGGAGAGAGAGCUCGAGAAGGAGAAGGAGCUCGAGAAGGAGAGAGAGCGGGAGAAGGAGCUCGAGAAGGAAAGGGAAAAGGAGAAGGAGAGGGAGCUCGAGAAGGAGAAGGAGAAGGAGAAGGAGAAGGAGAAGGAGCAGCAAGGGGCUUCCAACUCUCUUAAACGUGGAGCGGCAGAUGACGAUGAUGAUGAGCCGUCAGGUCGAUCAAGCAAGAGGUCCAAGCAUACCCCUGAAGACAACCCCACGCAGAAUCCCGCUCUGAGCCCCAACAAGAAGAGAAAGACACCACCACCAGACACCGAGCCAAAGCCAGCUAAACGAGCCAAGGGGGAGCCGGCUACGAGAUCGAGUGAGAGGCAACGAAAAGCCGCCGAAAAGGCAGAGGCUGCUCAGGAGGCAGAGGCUGCUCAAGAGGCAGAGGCUGCUCAGGAGGCAGAGGCUGCUCAAGAGGCAGAGGCUGCUGAGGAGGUAGAAGCUGCUGAGGAGGUAGAAGCUGCUGAGGAGGUAGAAGCUGCUGAGGAGUCAGAUGAUGACGUUGAGGAGCUUACUUGGAGGGAUUCCAGGAGGGCCAGAUUUAGAGCAAUGCGCAAGGCCGAUCUGAUAGAAGAGUGCAGAAGAAGGCUAAUUGCUGGACCUGGCGACGAGCAUAGAACCCUCACCUAUAGGGCUGAAAAAACCGUCGAAGGUCUCAUCGACGCGUUGAUGUGGUACGACGAACCCGAGGGGUACGAGGAAGAUCUUGAAGAAAAGGGUUGGGAGGAGUUGAAGGAAAUGUGUAAGACAACGUACAAGUUGUAUUACAGCGGGAAAAAAGUGGAGGUUAUGAGAGACAGGUUGAGGUGGUUCUAUGCCGAGCAACAACGCCAUGUUCGGGCGCUUAUUGAGCAGGAAGAAAUACCUCCUGAUUGGAAAGAGCAGGACGAGGUGGAAGAUGAGGAUGAGGAUGAGGAUGAGGAUGAGGAUGAUGAUGAUGAGGAGGAGGAGGAGGAUGAGGAGGAUGAGGAUGAGGAUGAGGAGUCUUCCGAGGAGGUUUCUGAGGAACCGUAG